AUGGUGGAUUACUAUGAAGUUCUAGGAGUACACAGACAUGCUUCAUCUGAGGACAUUAAAAAGGCUUAUCACAAGGUGGCACUUCAAUGGCAUCCUGAUAAAAAUCUAGAAAAUAAAGAAGAAGCUGAGAGACGAUUUAAAGAAGUAGCUGCGGCAUAUGAAGUGUUAUCCAAUGAUGAAAAACGGGACAUUUAUGAUAAAUAUGGCAAAGACGGAUUAAAUGAUGGAAGUAGAAAUCACUUUGAUGAUCCUCAUGAGAAUGGCUUCAGAUUCCGUAAGCCUAAUGAUGUCUUUAAAGAGUUUUUUAGUCAAAGGGACCCAUUUUCAUUUGCCUACUUUGAAGACUCACUUAAGGACCUUAUAAAUAGCCCAAAACAUUCGUAUGGAGGCAGAAGUCGAGGUGCAGGAUCCCUCUUCUCUACCCUCAGUGAAUACCCAACUUUUGAGAGCAGCUUUUUUUCCUAUGAUAGAGACUAUACACCCGAUAGUUCACUGGGGCAUGAAGGCCUCACCUCAUUCUCUCCCAUGGCAUAUGAAGAUGAUAGGAUGGGCAACUACACAUCUGUCACAACUCCGAGAGAGAACUGCAGAAAUCUCCACACAAAGAGAGUAAUUGAGAAUGACCAAGAAAGAGAAGAAGUUGAAGAUGACGAGGAGCUGAAGUCCUUCCUGACAAAUGCUUCGGCAGAUGGCGAGAGCUUGGCAGAAGAAUGCAGUUGGGGAAGAGAGUCAUUCAGCAUCUAUUCAUCAAAUUCCUACAGUCCCAAAUAUGUACCUCAGUAUACUUUUAAGGGCAAUGAAGAGCAAGGUGUACCUUGGGUCACCAGUAGCUGGGAUCCUUCCAUUUUCUCAGCAGGAUUCAAAGAAGGUGGUAAGAGAAAAAAAAAGAAGCGUAAAGAGGUAAAAAAGAAGUCAACCAAAAGGAAAAGCUAA